UCUUCUAGAUUCGAUGACCCUCUACCGUUCGCUGCGAAGCUGAACCUCAGAGGCACAAGAGAAGUCAUCGAACUCUCCAAAGAUAUUAGAGAUUUGUCUGUUCUAGUCCACAUCUCAACGUCAUACUCAAAUACGAACCGCGAGACUAUAGAGGAAAUUAUGUACCCCCCACAUGCGGACUGGCGUGACACGCUCGAGAUAUGUGACAAGAUAGACGAUCAUGACCUAAAAGUACUUACUCCCAAAUAUCUAGGCGAGCUUCCAAACACGUAUACAUUCACAAAGCAACUUGCCGAACACGUCGUAUAUGAACAAGCAGGAAAGCUGCCCGCUUGCAUCAUCAGGCCGUCAAUUGUUAUUGCCAGCGCGAGCGAGCCCAUGCCAGGUUGGAUUGAAAACUUCAACGGGCCUGUAGGCAUACUUGUUGCUUGCGGGAAAGGCAUAAUGCGUAGUAUUUAUUCGGACUCAGAACUCAUAGCGGACUAUAUGCCAGUUGAUAUUUCUAUCAAAAGCAUCAUUGCUACCGCUUGGAUCAGAGGAACGAAGAAGUUAGAACCAACCGACGACGUACCAAUCUACAACUGCUGUGCGAGCAAUCUGAACAACAUAACGAUGGGCGAACUUGUUGAAGUCGGGAGACAAAUCUCGGAGUCCUAUCCCUUGAACGAUAUGUUGUGGAGUGUAGGUGGAUCAAUCACUAGCUCCAAGACUUAUCAUUAUGCUAAGGUUUUGCUUUUUCAUUUACUGCCUGCCAUAUUUGUCGACACAAUUCUGUGGUUGCUUGGAAGAAAACCGAUGCUGAUAAAAAUACAACGACGCAUCUACAUAGCAAACUUAGCCCUACAGUACUAUGUAACGAAGCAAUGGACGUUUGAAAACAAGAACUUCAUACAUUUAAGGUCUAAAAUAAAGGAAGAAGACAAGAAAGAUUUUUAUUAUGACAUUGAAAAUAUUGAUAAAUAUCAAUAUUUUAUAAAUAGCUGCAUUGGAGGGCGGAGGUACUUGUUAAAGGAAGCAGACGAGGAUUUGCCGAAAGCCAAAGCGCAUAGAUACAGGUUAUUGAUAUUGGAAAAUAUACUGAAAUGCUUAUUCUAUGGCUACAUGUUCUGGUGGCUGUUUAACACAAAUUUUGUACAAAACUUAUUUAACUUUAAUACGAUUGAAUCCUAAGUGUUUGUUAAGUGUAUUUUGUUAUAAAUA